AUGGCUCCUGCUGUUCCAGUUCAACGUAUUUCAUCUACCCAGAUGAGGGAACGUCGAGAGAAGGGACUCUGUGACAACUGCGAUGAAAAGUGGAUUCCUUCACAUAAGUGUAAGUCUCCUACCCUUUAUUUGUUGCAUGGUGCUGAGACUCUCGUUGAUAAUGUUGAGGAUGCGGACUAUGUAGACCCUUAUGAUAAAGUUGAAUCCUUAGAACCCUUGAUUCAGGAAAUUGUAGAACCCGAAAUAACCCUUCAUGCCAUCUCUGGUUCUAUGGCCCCAAAAACCAAUUCGGGAAAAUACAAUGCUUUGACAUUACAGGUUCAGGGUACUGUCAUUACAACUGCCUUUUAUCUUCUUCCGUUAGGAGGUUGUGAUGUUGUUCUUGGUCUGAGUUCAAAAGGGUCUUCUUUGGAAGAUGGUGCUCAUUUUUCAAAAUGUUGUUUAUCUGUUGCUAAGGGUUUCUUCUUGCACAUUCCUUCUUUUGAGCCAGAGUCGAAUGGGCUUCCUCCCCCACGCAGCCAUGAUCACAAGAUUUUACUUAAGGAAGACAAGCCCGUUUCUAUUCGUCCAUACCGUUACCCAUAUUUUCAAAAAGCUGAAAUCGAGCAUAUAGUAAAGGACUUGCUGGAUUCUGGGGUCAUUCAACAGAGUCAGAGUCCUUUCUCCUCCCUGGUACUGCUGGUUCGCAAAGCUGAUGGAAGUUGGCGCAUGUGUGUCGACUAUCGUGCUCUCAAUCAUGACACCAUCAAAGACAAAUUCCCCAUUCCGGUGAUUGAUGAACUUUUGGACGAACUCCAUUGCGCUACAAUUUUUUCUAAACUGGACCUCCGCUCUGGUUAUCACCAGAUUCGAGUGCACCCAGCGGAUGUUCAUAAAAUAGCUUUCCGGACUCACGAAGGUCAUUACGAAUUUCUCGUAAUGCCCUUCAGCUUGACGAAUGCACCUUCCACAUUUCAAGGCUUGAUGAAUGACAUUUUCCGGCCCUUCCUCUGCAAGUUUGUGUUGGUCUUUUUUGACGACAUAUUAGUGUAUAGAUGUUCUUUAGAUGAUCACUUGAAUCAUUUACAUACGGUUUUAAGUGUGUUGCAAUCUAACACUCUUUUUGCAAAGGCUUCUAAGUGCAGGUUUGGAGUCUCCGAGAUUGACUAUCUUGGGCAUUUUAUUUCCAGCAAUGGGGUUCGGGCCGACCCUUCUAAACUUCAUGCUAUGUUGCAAUGGGCGGUUCCCCUUUCAAUUAAAUCUCUUCGGGGAUUUUUGGGCCUCACCGGUUACUACCAAAAAUUCAUCCGUGGCUAUGGUAUGCUUGCUGCCCCUUUAACGGCUCUUCUCAAAAAUAAUUCCUUUAAUUGGACUCAUACGACCAUGGCUGCCUUUCUCAAGCUCAAAGACGCCAUUACUUCUCCACCAGUUCUAAGACUUUCGGAUUUUUCCCUGCAAUUCACAAUUGAAUGUGAUGCCAGUGGUACGGGGCUUGGGGCGGUUUUAAUGCAAGAAGGUCAUCCCAUUGCCUUCUUCAGUCAGGCUCUUAAAGGCCAAGCUUUGCAACUCUCUACAUACGAAAAAGAGCUAUUUUCCUUGGUGACAGACCCGCAAGCACUCAAAGACACAUCAACUUUUGCUAUCCCUUCAACAAGGCUUGUCCACUCCAACGGGUUACACUUUGUAGCAAGGCAUCAUUCUCAUGAAAGGCCGUCUUUGGAUUGUGCGGGGCUCGCCUUUCAACAGCAACUACUGGAAUUUAUCCAUGCCAACCCCAGUGCUGGUCACUCGGGAUAUCACAAGACAUUUCAGCGGGCGAAACGUGACUUUUAUUGGACAGGCAUGCGCAGCGACAUUAAGCAAUUUGUGCGGGAAUGUGAAGUUUGCCAAACCAACAAACCUGAAACAAUCCACCCUCCCGACUUGCUCCAACCCUUACCUAUCCCCACUCGCACUUGGUCAGAUAUUGCCAUGGAUUUUAUCGAAGGAUUGCCUUUUUCACAUGGUUUUUCUGUCAUUCUGGUCGUCAUUGACUGUUUCUCUAAAUAUGCCCAUUUUAUUCCCCUAUCCCACCCUUAUACAACUACCUCAAUUGCCCAAACUUUCCUCACCCACAUUUUCAAACUUCACGGUAUGCCCAACUCCAUAGUGUCUGACCGGGACCCCAUUUUUACAAGCACCUUCUAG